GAAUCAGAAUCGUUUCAACACUCGACAGAGCAACACACAUAGUUCGGCUCUCGGGAAACAGCAGCAAGUUUCAGCUUUUGCUUUCGUUUCGGGACUUUGAGAAUCUUUGACUUGCAGUAGCAGCUCAUUUCAGUCGCGACCGGCGAACGGAACGGAACGUGAGAGAGAGCGUUUGAGUUUUCGGGGGAAGUGAGAAUUUCGGAAUUACGAAGAAGUGCGUGACAGAACAACGGAACAAGUGAGAACCCACUUUGAGCACAGGAUAAGCCAAGUGGUGACAAACAGUGCCUUUCGUGGGGGAACAGCAACAAGUUACAGAACGUGUGACACGAUCUUUAUGGAUCGUAGUGAAGUUUGAACAGCAAACGCAACAACAGUGUACAAGAACAAGCAAUCAGUGAAUCAGCAAUUGUGGAUACCUUAGCAGCAAACCGUUUCAACUACAGCAACACAAUGGUUACCGGAAUUGGAACCGCAGCCCAGCAGGUUGGCACCAUGCCGACCACCUCGCAGAUGCCCCCGGCCGAACAGCCGGUCAAGCGAGCAUCCGACAAUCGCAGAAGUAACAAACCAAUCAUGGAAAAACGUCGCCGUGCUCGGAUCAACAACUGCCUGAACGAUCUGAAGACCCUGAUCCUGGAUGCCAUGAAGAAAGACCCAGCUCGUCACUCAAAGCUUGAGAAGGCAGACAUUCUGGAGAUGACGGUGAAGCACUUGGAGAAUCUGCAGCGCCAACAAACAGCCAUGUCCCAGGCGACCGAUCCGAACGUGAUGAACAAGUUCAAAGCUGGCUUCAGCGAGUGCGCCCAGGAGGUCAACCGGUUCCCGGACAUCGAUCCGGUGACCCGGCGCCGACUCCUCGCACAUCUGAGCAACUGCAUCAACGGUGUAAAGAACGAGAUGCCCAAGCCUCGCCAGUCUGCGGUGCAAGUUCACAUCCUGCCUUCGCCGCCAAGCUCGCCCGAACAGGACCACAACUCGCAGGUUCCUCACCCCGCCCAGAUCAACGCCAUCCAGACCGGCAACGGAGGAAUCUUCUUCACCAACAACGUCGGCUCCAGCGUUCACCUGAUCCCGACGAAGCUUCCGAACGGUAGCAUUGCGUACGUGCUUCCAGCCGCUUCCGCCCCAGUCCCAAUGCUGGUGCCAAUCCCAAGCCGUACCGCCUCUACCGGAUCUGCAUCGUCCAGCCAUUCGUCGGCUUCCAGCUACGACCGCGUUCCACGGGAGCACGCCACCUCGCCAUACUACGCCCCUCCCAGCCCGGCCAACUCCAACUACGAGCCCAUGGACUGUCAGUCCUCGGUUUCGUCUCAGGACCAAUCUCAGCAACAGCAGUACCUCCACCCCCAACGCUUCCAGCAGACCCCUUCCCAAGCCCCACGAUCCUACAGCCCGGACAGCCCACUGUCCCUGGUCGUGAAGAAGGAGCAGAACCUCAGCGCUCAGGACAAGCCAGCCUCGCCUGCCGCUGCGUGGCGACCGUGGUAAAACGUCAUCUUUCGUUCCCGCACCAAAGCGAGUCAUGAAACAAUUAGUACCUUCAACCACCAGUUCGCAAAGUGUCUGUGUGUAAAAGUGUAACCGAGUGAGAGCGCGCGCGCGCGCCGGAAGUGUCUACCAAACCGAUCCGAAGCGGUUGUAGCGCCUACUUUGUAAAUCACGAAAUAGUUUGCAUAGCGCGCCAACGGCAACAAAGUAGGCGAACGUCAAAGGGUCACACGAGUCAACAAUCGUUCGGUUGUUUUCCCACACUCAUUAGUAGGCGACGACGACAGCGCGCAGCGCUUCGGCUAAGCCGAACGCGCGCUAGAAGAGCACGGCGGAAGAAAGUGUUAACGUGAGAGUGAGCGAGAGGGCGAGCGCACGAGCAACAAACUUGUCAAGUAUCGCGCUCUCCCGUGGCAACAAAGUGUGUGAUUGAGAAGAAGAAGACCGACGGCGGCACGAGGCAAAAUGUAUUUUUAACGCCCAAGAGAGAAUACAGUUUUUAUCACUUUGCACGCGCGAAACAAAGUAAGCGGUGUACGUGUGAGUGUGUCACUUCCUCUCGCGCGCGCAUAGUUGUCCACGGCCUACUGAGGAGGCAGCACACGCGCCGUGUGUGUUUGUCCUUCCCGUUUGACGUUCGACCUUGAGCAUCUUCUCCGGAGCAAGGUGAUGCGCCGCGCCACACUAGUCAUACAAAACUGUGCGCGGCUAGAGCACAACGAACACGCACACACACACAUGCAGAUAUUGGUGGUGACAAAAGAAAAUGAUACAAUACACGCGCUACUGCUGCUGCUACUUCCUGGAGAAGUCAGAGGAGGAAUAAUAGAGUGAGAGAAGGAGAGCGGUGUCAUUAGCUGUGAAUAAUCGUUAAGGUCCAAAAAAACGUGAUAACAAGCACUACAAAAGAGAGAAAGGAGUUCAAAACUUUAGCAAAUUAAUAUAUUAUAUUCUAGUAUCUAGAGAGAUCCUACACAACUACUGGUAGCACAAGCUUUCAACCCCUAACCUCUAGGCUCACACGAACAAUCAUGUGAUUAGCCCCUUAAAUCGUCAUUUAAGAUCGCCUUAAUCCAUCAUUCGUUCCAACCUUGUGUUUUUCAUCUUGUUCUUAAUUUUUGUAUCUCGAGACAAAAACUAGUGCAAAAUUCUUUGUAAAUAUCCAUCCCAUUUUUUUCUUCUUUAAGUUCAACCUUUUGUUGUAGAACAGCGCGACAGUAAUCACGACAGUCUUCCAUUAAGAUUAAACAAAAAACCAAGCAAUCAUUAGAAACCAUGGUUACACCUAGCAUUAAAAGUCGCCAGUCAAAGCAAUUCGGUAUCGUUUUUCCUAUUGGAUCAAUUCUUUUUGGUGUGUAUAAAUUAAUUUAAACCCCCGUCUCUAAUUUAUCGGCUCUUCCGCUAUUUUUAAUUCUUUUUAUGUUUGGCAUGAUUUCUUUAGCGUGUAAGCGUUAGCGUGUAGGACAAACCACUUGGUAGGCAUUAUUAUUUAUAGACAGAGAGAAAUACCCAAGAUUUGAAGCAAUUGUUUUACAUCAAUAGUUGCGAUAGUAAGCAAUCCGAGUAGGCCAGAGAUAGCAUGGCAUAGGCAAGGCCCUUCGAGGUUUGCCCCCAGUGGGGGUGGCUGCAUUGUAUUAUAUUGGAAAACACUAUUUUAUAAAGAUCCAGAGAGCGAAAGCUUUACAAAUGAAAAAUAUAAAAUAUUUUACAAAUGAAAA